AGUUCAUCAACAAUAACCGCACCAGCGCGCGGCGCAGUAGGCUAUGAACUGAGUUCCUGCCCACCGCUGCUGCUGCCGAACAACGACUAAGAUGAUUGCUUGAACCUUAAUCACAAAUUACUUAGAGCGCGCCGGUUGGAUAUGAUAUGGAACACCACCAGAUCGCGAGCGAUCGCGGCGCGGCGCGCCUUGUAACUUUUCUAGAUCCCCUUCAAUGUCGCGGCGCUGCCAGCCUGGUGGUGUGCGAGAUUGUCGCGCGCAAAUUGACCGCAGCUUGCGGGAUCGAUCUCUGUCAGCGCGGCAGUACAGUCUCAGCCCGAUCGCGACCCGGACCGCACGCUCGAAACCGGACAUCUCCCAACAUUGAUCAUCGAUAUCGAUCGCUAGCCGCGCGCGAUCAUCCCGUGCGAAUGCCCUUUGGAAGAUUCUUGUUUUUGCGGAAGAUAUGAUGACGGCGAUAAGCAAAUAGAAGAUAGAGCCGGUGAGUGACGAUCAAUAUUGGUUGUUUUCCGUGAGAAAUCAAUUCUCCUGAAAGUGCAUUUGCAGUAGUAAGUGAUCAUCAACAACGCAAAGUGAGCUAUGAAACUGAAAGUGCGGUGCUGGUGGCCGACGAUCCUGGGGGUGAUCGCGGUAGGCUUGGUAACCACGACCACGACGGUGACUGCCGAUCGCAGUGAGCUUUAUGAUGGUGACUAUGAUCAGAAGACUGGCGGCGGUCAGUUGCAUGUGCCAGGCGAGCGGAAGAAGAUCCUGACGGUAGUGGGAUCGAAGGAUCAGGGACUGUCCGUGGGACGGGCGAUGAGAUUUGAGGUGAAACGAGUGCCAAGUGUUGUGGAGGAAGGUGAAAAUGGCAUAUUUGGGGGGAUGGAUCGCGAGUUUUUGAAAGUGCUGCUGCAAGUGAUGAGUGAUGUGAAGGGGGUGGACUGCAUGCGUGAUUUGAAUGCUACGCUGGAGGCGAUCGAGCGGAGAGAAGCUUGGGCUGUGGCAAUGUUGGACGCAUCGGCCAAGUCCACGGCGGGCAUCGAGUACGGUCAAAUGUACCACUUUGGCCACUUUGACCAGUGCAUGGCCAUCAACCGGGAUCGGGACUCCGGCCUGCAGAAGGGAAUCCUCUCGCAGUACUGCCUGGCCGAUGUCCGCCUGGAUGCAUACCAGGAGCGAAUGCAGGUGUCCCGAAGGGUGCGAUCGAAUGAGAGUUCCGUGGUGCACUGGGGCGUUUGCGUGCCGGUCAGUUGCAAGGACGGGGAUGUCGCUCGAGUGGUGGAAGCGAUCAGUGGAUCGCGAGACGUUACGAUACCGAAGGAUGCCUGCCACAGGGAGGUGAACGCGGAACCUUCCACACUGGAUAUCGUAUAUGUGUCGAUCAUAAUGUUCUUCGUUCUGAUGGUGGCGCUGAGUACCCUGUACCACGUGCAGUCGAUCUGCAGCCGGAGAAACGAGAAGAAAACCACGAUGGUGUACAUUCUGCGAUCGUUCUCGAUCAUUGAGAAUUUGAAGAAGCUCGGACAGGACAGCAAAGACGAUCACGGAUUGGGAUGCAUUAAUGGAAUCAAGGCGGUCGCCAUGUUCACCAUACUAAGUGGUCACGCAUUGCUGUUUCUGUUCGGAGGCGCUAGCUACAAUCCGGGAUUUUAUUACGAGCAAUCGAAAUACAUUCGGAACGCCUUCCUGCUCAACUCGCCUCUCCUGGUGGACACCUUUCUACUGUUGAGCGGCUUCCUCUUCGCCCGCUUGCUGCUCAUCGAGCUGGAAAAACGCCGCGGCAAGAUCAACUUCGGUCUUCUCUAUCUCUUUCGCUACAUCCGGCUGACUCCCGCCUACGGAGCCAUCAUCGCCCUGUACGCCACCUGGCUUCCUCGACUGGGCAGCGGCCCCCUGUGGAACCAACGGAUGCUACUGGAGCAGGCCCGAUGCCGCGAUAGCUGGUGGCGCAAUGCCCUGUACAUCAACAACUACCUGGGAACGGACAGUAUCUGUAUGUUCCAGUCGUGGUACCUGGCGGCGGAUUCGCAGCUGUUCAUACUGGCACCACUGCUGCUGUAUCCGCUGUGGCGAUACGGAAGGCGGACUGGAGCGGUGUUGCUCGGGACGGUCGCUGCCGUGUCCGUGGCGAUUCCUUUCCUGGUGACGUACUAUGGGAAACUCGAUCCUUCGCUGUUGAUCUUCGCAGAUGAGGUGACCGACCUGCAGUCCAACUCGUACUUCGCCAACGUCUACGUGAAGACUCACAUGCGAGCGACGGCUUACAUUUUCGGACUGGUCGCCGGAUACCUGGUGCACAUCAUGCAGCAGAAGAACAUAACGAUCGGUAAGUGGAAGCUGUUCUUCUUCUGGACGGCAUCUACCGUGAUCGGGACGGUAUCGAUGUUGAGCAUCACCACGUUCUACAACUCGACCGGAACGGACAACUACCUGUUCAACGCUUCGUACGCGGCACUGCAUCGACUCGGUUGGAGCCUGUCCAACGGAUGGCUAGUGCUGGCCUGCGUUACGGGACAUGCUGGACCGCUUAAGAAGUUCCUUUCCUCACGGCUGCUGGUGCCCAUCAGUCGGUUGACGUACUGCGCUUAUCUUACGAAUGGACUGGUGGAGUUGUACUUCAGUGCGUCACAGCGAGUUCCGCUGUACGGAGGUGUCAUCAACAUGACGGCAGUCACCCUAUCGCACGUAAUCCUCACAUUCCUGACGGCCCUAUGCCUAUGUUUGGUGUUUGAAUCGCCCAUCCAUGGGAUCGAGAAGAUAUUCUUGCGGCAGUCACGACCCGCUAGCGGAAGGGCCACCAACAGUAGUGGCGGACAGCAGCGUACAGCGACUGAUGACAAAGGCGGUGCGAUUGUGGCCAACAAUAACAGUAGCGGAACGGCGUGCACCCAGAGCACCUCGGAUGACUCCAGUGCGUAGAUUUGUGAAUGAUAUGUAGGUAGAUAGGUAGGUAGGAAGUAGCGCUUAAGUAAACUCUGGCUUCUGAGAUAGCUGAUGUGAAAGUGAUGAUUGUACAACUUGAGCAAUUGAGGUUAAGUAGACUUAAUGAUGGUGAUAUGCUAAAUAUAAGAGUUCGACUUUGUCCAGUGUAUUAGAAUUC